ACCUUAGGAUCAGAAAAGAAGAGAACAAAGAGAGCAAAGAAAGGAAUAGACACAAAAAAGAAUAAAAAAGGACUGGGUGGGACAGUGUGAGGGGUACCCGACAAAAGAGAAAGAGAAAACAGCAAGAGACAAAAGGAAGCAAGAAGCUGAAGGGAGAGCAAGGGAAAGGCAAAGAACUGGGUGGGGGAGAGAGAAAGCCAAGGAAGGAAUCACAUUUCAUUCUGACAUCACAAGUCUUCAUUGAGAGACGGGCUGUGAGUAGCAAUAGCCACUGGAAAGGAGCUGCUUAAACACUGCAUAGUGCUUCUGUUCACUAGACUGACAAUCUCCCUUCAAUAAGGGAUUCCUGCUAUCCACAGCAUCUGACAACUUCACAACAGAUUGAACGGGAUGGAGGGACAAAAGUGUAAUGACUAUCGGUCAACCUGAAAGGAAACAAAGAAGCAACACAGGAGCAGGACAUGAAGUGAUGGAUUAUUUUGGAAAAAAACUCCUAGCUUGCUGAUGGAAAUGCAGCAUUUGAAGUACCACAUGUCCUGUUGUGGGGCACUGCUUCUGCUCUGCCUGGCCCUAGCACCCCGGCAGCUGGUCUUGGCAGCUCCCAGCGGCCCGGAGUACCUGCAGCGUGGCUGGCAAAGACUGCUGGAAGAAGGGGAAAGUUGUGCAGACUGCCGGCCUGAAGAAUGCCCUCCACCUCGUGGCUGCCUAGCUGGAGUAGUUAUGGACCACUGUGACUGCUGCUGGGAAUGUGCCAAUCUGGAGGGCCAGAUCUGUGACCUGGACAACACCAACCACUUUUAUGGAAAGUGCGGGGAGAACCUGGAGUGCAGGUUGGACAUGGGGGACCUGCGAGAAGGGGAAGUUCCUGAGCCACAGUGCAUGUGCAUCUCCAACAAGGCAGUGUGUGGCUCUGACGGGAAGACAUAUCCUGAGAUAUGUAAAUUUCAAGAGGUUGCUAAUGCCAGGCCUGAUGCCAAGCUAAAUAUAUCCCACGAAGGGCCAUGUGAAGCAGCCCCACAUAUCAUCUCUCCACCGUACGACAUAUGGAACGUGACUGGUGAGGAUGUCAUUUUCGGUUGUGAGGUAUUUGCUUAUCCCAUGGCCUCAAUUGAAUGGAGAAAAGAUGGAACAGAAAUGUUUCUGCCAGGAGAUGAUCCCCAUAUCUCGGUCCAGUUCAGAGGUGGCCCACAGAAGUAUGAGGUCUCUGGGUGGCUGCAGAUCCAAAGGGUUCGUCUGACAGAUGAGGGGACCUACCACUGCUAUGCCAGAAAUCGACAUGGAGAAGUAACAGCGACAGCCACCCUAACUGUAAUCACUCCAGACCAGCUGAAUUCAACUACACUGCAGCUACCUAAACCACCUCGUCACUAUACUGAAGAUUACUCUGAUUCAGAGGACUUUGAUGACUAUUAUUGAAUUAGUUUUGCUCUCAUUCUGUUUGAGUGUCAUCCAGGUCCAGGGUUUCUCAGGUUCAGUCUUUCAAAGAAAUGCCAUUAUUGACUUGCUGUUUUCCAUCUGUGAAUUGGUAAGAGUGGGAUUGAGCAACCAGUUUGCUGUCCUUUAGUUCUUUCUCGGUACAGGUUAUAUCAUGUGCAAUACUUGUGGAACUUCUAUUUCUUUUGACUGGUUUCAAAUGUGCCAAGUAAGAGGUAAAUUUCUAUUCAGUUGUCAUAUAGUAUGUACUGUAGGUGUUCAUUUAAAAGAAAGUUAAACGUUUUUUAAGUAGUUCGCAUAGGGAGCUGCAUCAGCAUGCGUAGGCUGCAGAGAAACAGGUUACAGGUUUAUUCCAGGCUGAAAAGAGAAGAAAGGAAACACUGCAUUUCGGCUGUGGAGCCUUCCUCGGGUGUGAGAACCUGCUCCUAAGCAGUUUUUUUUUAAAUACAGGUUUCUUUAUUCUAAAAAAAUAAAAGUAUUUUUAAGCCUAUGUUCUAUUUCCAAAUGCAUUCCAUAGCUAGAAGUUACUAUAUACUAUAAAUAUAACAGAUAUGAUUUGCUUGAUUUUAUAAACAUUGAUUUUUUUUGUGUACGGAGCAUAAAAGUAUCUAUUAAACUCUUCAUUGGUGACACUCAAUAUAAAUCACAACCAACAUCCCUGCUACAGGCCAGUAUUAGCAAGGAAAGGAAUUUUCACAAGCACUUGUUACAUUCCCCUUCCUGUUUUUUCUAUUUAACAUCUUCGGUAUUUUUUAAAAUAGUUUGAGAACGUUUGUGUUCUACAUUACAAAAACUAAAAUGGUAAUCUAUUCAGAAACUGAACAAUUUGUGCUUCCUAUUUCUAUCUUUUGUUUUAUGAAGCAGAAAAGUUAAAAUUAUAUUCUGAUAUUUGUCUUUGUAACAAGGACGUGAACUGAUACUUUUCAGUGAAACUGUCUAGAAAAUAUUUAUAAAUUUUCAUGUAUAUUCUGUGUCUUUAAGUUCUCCUUAGUAGUGUUUUCUGCUGGUCAAUCUAUAUCAGCUGUGUGUAUAACAAAUUCACUUGUUAUGUAUUGUAAAUAUUUAAUCAUACUAUUGUACAAAUAAACAAAGUGUCUGUAUUUCAGUAUCUGAAUAAGGCUGUAAUAUAUAUAAUUACAUUUAGAAUUUAGAAUUAAAAAAUAACUAUGCCUGUAUUCGAUCCAAAGUUAGAUGUUUUGCUGUCAUUCUUGGUUUGGGAUUUUUAAAGUUCUGUGAAGAAGUCUUUGCAUACAAAACACUUUAAAAAAUAUCUUUGGGAAGUGGUAACUUGAAGGGGAAAAUUAAACUCAGGCCUCUAUACUUCUUAGCAGUAUGAACCAGUAAUCUGUCUUCUCAUCUGGGCAGUCUCAUCAAACACUUUUUCAACAUGGUGUUGCAGUUUGGUUUGACAUUUGUCAGUACAGCAUGUGUUUGACAUAAUAUUGGUAACAGGAUUGUUUCCCUUGUUUUUCCUUUUCUCUCCGUUAUCUUAGUACAGCAGGUAUCCGAGCAAUGUUAGAGAAUUUGUCUGUGCCUUCAGCUGUGCAGGGGUAAUUUUAACAGUACAGUGUGUAAUUGCAUUGAAAGUGACAAUGAAGGGGGAAAAACAUAACCAACCACUUGAUUGUGGUAUCUAUCAAUGGUUGUAACAGAAAAUGUUAAAGUCAUUUACUGAGAGCACUAGUUUUUUUGUUUCUAUUUUUUUUGUGUGUUCUUUUCUGGGAAAAAGAAAACUUCCAUUAUAUUCUGUUUCUGUGAAGCCUGCAUCUAUUCCUCAGUCUAGAAAGACAUUUGUAUGGUGACUCUCCAGUUUCUACUUCCUACAAACCAGACUUUAAACAUUAAAUGUAAA